AUGGCAUCCUCGAAUGGCGUCAUGUCUGCACCUCAGCCUCCACGAAGUGCAGGCACGCACCACCCCCGCGUGAUUCUUGCCGGAUCAUCAGCUCGCAUUCUCUGUGUCGCGGACAUUCGCGGUGAUUACCACGAACUGAACCGCCUGAUCCGCGAGCAUGAGGCUACUGCCGUCAUCCACACGGGUGACUUUGGCUUCUUGAACGCCGACUCGUUGGAGCGUAUGGGUGACAACUCCUCGAUUCACUUCCCGCUUUCCCAGUUCCCGCAUCUCCUUUCCGGCGCGAUCACUUUCCCUGUCCCAGUCUUCACUGUGUGGGGUCUGAUCGAGGACGUCCGCAUCGUCGAGAAGUUCAGGACAGGAGAGUAUGAGGUCAACAAUCUGACUGUGAUCGAUGAGGCGUCGUCUGCCUUGAUCGAGGCGUCCGGAAUCAAGCUCAGGCUCUUCGGACUGGGAGGAGCGGUCGCGAUGCACAAGCUCUUCCGCUACCCUGCAUCGCUCAACGACUACGCCAUCUAUGGAGACUUUGACUCGUACCGCCAGAAGCUUGUCCUUGCGCGCGAUAACUUUGUUAGCGUGGGGGAUGCCGAACUGACUGGCAGUGAGCAGCAGCAUGCCCUCCUGAAGAAGGUUCUCGGUAUGGUCCAGAAGAUCCCCACGUCGGAGGACAACGCGUGGACCAACACAUGGCACUGGGUUCUGACCGAUGCCAUGUGUGGACAUUUGCUUCUGGAGAUCAACGACGGACGCGUGUCCGCGGAGACGCGUAGCAACGGUCUCAACUUUGCUCACCGUGCGAACCAGGCCCAGCAGCCCCCAACUGCACCGGUCGCCUCUGGUGCUGCUGCCCCUCUCGCCCAGUCUCGACCGGAGAAGCCCAUCGUAGGCGCCGCCGGUGCCAAGUCUGUCCCGCCCAAGCCGAUUGGCACGAACGCUGCGCCCUCCACGUCAGCGGCCAAGUCAUCCGGAGCCGGUCCUAAGAUGACCGGAUCUCCUACGCAGGCGGCUACCCGUGGACUGCGGCCGGUGAAGGACGCGAAGAGCGAGAAGGGCGAGCUCAAGCCGACGGACCGCUCGUCAUCUGCAGCUGGCAAGGCCAAGGCCUCACCCAGCAGCACGCCUGUUCCUCUGCCUAAGGAGAAGAAGGAGAAGACGAACGGCGAGAAGCCCGUCGACGGCGGCGAGGAGUCCGAGGGCAAGGCGACCCCGAAGCGCUUCUCGCUCUACCUGAAAGGGCUGCCGACUCCCACGUCCGAGGCUGAGGUCAAGGCGUUCAUGGGUCCGGCGGGUGAGAAGGCGAUCGGUAUUAAGCUCGUCUACGACCACAUGCGCCGCCAGAAGAACUUUGCCUACGUCGAUUACGCGAACGAGCAGGAGAUGCAGGAUGCGCUGAAGCUCGCUCCCGUUGGAGUAAGUUUCAAGCAUCGGGAGAUCGCUAACUCGUCUCAGCAGAACAUCCGUGACUCCCCUGUCACUGUCGAGUUAUCGAACCCGCCCGUGCGCGGACUGGCGGCGGAGCGCGGACGUGGGUCUCGCGCCGGCAGCCGCCGAGCCGGCCGCGGAGGCAGCGCCGGGUCGAAGGAGGCGUUCAAGGAGGGCAAGGACGGCGGCAAGUCAGAAACCCCCAAGCCCGAGGGCGGCAAGGAGGCGAGCGGAGCUGGAUCCGGAGCCGGCGCUGCAGCCGGCGGCAAGUCUGAAGACAAGUAG